CGCAUUUUAAAUUAUUGGCUCAAGAUUAUUUCGACUGAUAAUAUUAUCUUAAAGCGUAUCUAUUCCCAGGCUGUAGCCGAUUGUGAUGAUGUUAACCGAAAUUGGGUACACAAUAUAAAAAAUAUGCUUAACGAAUACGGACUUCCCUUGAACGUAGCUCUGUGCUCGAUAUUGGAUCUACCCUAAUAACAUGACCUAUUCGAGGGCGUGGAUCUAUUACUGUAAAGCCGGUGGGUUAGCUUUCGGCUUCAUAUCCGGCGGUGUAAUGUCGGACAACUUCGGUCGGCGCCGGACUACCUAUGCCUCAUUUAUACUGCUGUGCGCUGCACAGUGCAUGACGGGUCUGUUCCAGAGUCUCGUUGCGUUCAUAGUCUGCCAAUUCUGUGUCGGCACAGGGGCCGGAUGCUUCAUACUGUCCAGCCUCGUUCUGGUGAUAGAGUGUCUAGGGCACGACUGGCGGGACAUUUGCCUGUGUCUGCUGCCCUGGUGGACGGGGCCGAGCCUCCUCUCCCUGGGGGCGUGGUUUCUCCGGCACUGGCGCCACCUGGCGGUCAUUUCCGGUCUGGCGGGAGCUCCAUUGAUAGGAACCUACUUUCUUGUGCUAGAGAGCUCCAGAUGGUUGAUCUGCAAGAACCGGUUUGCGGAAGCGGAAAGCGUCACCAAGGAAAUGAUCGCCUGCAACUGUAAACCUGUACCGGAUAUGACGUCACUGUUUGAUAUAUCACGCGCAUGCGUGCUGACAACAAUGCACACAAAGAAAUACUGCUAUUCAGACUUCAAUGUCGACUCGGCGUCUUAG